AUGGAGGCCUCGGCCCCCGGCCGGGCGCGGCGGGGCUGGCUGCGGUCCCGGGCCGUGGGCUCCCCGCUCUCCCGGGCCGCGGUGGUCCUGGUGUUCUCCGCGCUGGUGCUGCGGGCGCCCGCGUCAGUGGGAUAUUUGGCUCGAUUACCAAGAGGUAUUCACUUGACCCAAGAUUCAAUGAAAAUAGUGGGAUCACCAAAUUUUCCAGUGAAAGUAUAUGUUAUGCUCCAUCAAAAGAGUCCACACGUGUUAUGUGUAACCCAACGACUGCAGAAUUCUGAACUCAUAGACCCAUCAUUCCAGUGGCAUGGACCUAAAGGAAAAAUCAUUUCAGGAAACAGCAGUGCCCAAGUGACCUCCACAGGAAGCCUUGUAUUCCAGAACUUCGAGGAGAGCAUGAGUGGGGUUUACACGUGUUUUCUGGAGUAUAAACCUACUGUGGAAGAAGUCGUUAAAAAUCUCCAACUGAAAUAUGUUGUAUAUGCUUAUCGUGAGCCACAUUAUUAUUACCAGUUCACAGCUCGAUAUCAUGCAGCUCCCUGCAAUAGUAUCUAUAAUGUUUCUUUUGAGAAGAAACUUCUUCAGAUUUUAAGCAAAUUGGUUCUUGACCUUUCAUGUCAGGUUUUCUUACUGAAGUCUGAAUGCCAUCGUGUUAAAAUGCAGAGAGCUGGUUUGCAAAAUGAAUUGUUUUUUACAUUUUCAGUUACAUCUCUAGACACUGAAAAAGGACCCAAACCAUGUGCAGACCAUAGUUGUGAAUCUUCCAAAAGACUAUCUAAGGCUAAAAAUCUCAUAGAGAGAUUUUUUGAUCAACAAGUGGAAGUUCAGGGCAGACGUGCAGAGCCGUUGCCUGAGAUAUACUACAUUGAUGGUACUCUCCAGAUGGUUUGGAUUAAUCGCUGCUUCCCAGGGUAUGGAAUGAAUAUCCUGAAACACCCAAAAUGUCCUGAGUGCUGUGUGAUCUGCAGCCCUGGAUCUUAUAACUCCCGUGAUGGAAUUCACUGCCUUCAGUGCAAUAGCAGCUUGGUGUUUGGAGCAAAAGCAUGUUUAUAG